AUGUUUUAUCGAAUGAAUAGUAGUAGUAUUAUUAUCGUAAAUAAAAACAUUUUACACGUAAUUGUUUUCCUAUUGUUGAUAACGUCAUCAACGGUCAAGUGUCAAUUUUUACAAAAUGAUUCCGGUAAAAGAAUUCGAAUAUCCGGUGAUUUGAUACUCGGUGGUAUAUUUCCAAUGCACGAACAACGUAACGGAAAAUGCGGUGCCGUAAAAGAAGAAAAAGGCAUACAAAGGCUCGAGGCCAUGUUGUAUGCGAUGGACAAAAUAAAUAAAGAUCCAACGAUAUUACCGAACGUGUCACUAGGAGCUCUUAUAUUAGAUUCGUGUAGCAGUGACACAUACGCGUUAGAGCAAUCAAUGGAAUUUGUUAAAUCUUACAUGAGUCAGGACAUGUCUGAAUACAGGUGCGAAUCAGGUAUGCGUCCGACUCACGUUCCACAUAAACCGGUUAUUGGAGUUAUAGGAGCAUCGUUUAGUGUCGUUUCAAUAAUGGUGGCAAACAUAUUACGUUUAUUCAAGAUUCCACAAUUAAGCUACGCGUCGACGAGCACCGAACUAUCGGACAAAUCAAGAUUUGAAUAUUUUAGCCGCGUCGUGCCCCCAGAUAAUUUUCAAGCUCAAGCCAUUGUCGAAGUUGUUAAAGCACUUGGAUGGAAAUACGUGAGCACGGUUGCCGUGGAAGGAGACUACGGUGAAAAGGGAAUCGCAUCGUUCAUAUCAUUGGCGACAAGUUCUGGGAUUUGCAUGGCAGUUUCCGAAAAAAUAUUAAGAAAUUCUAAACAGGAAGAUUUUGAUAGAAUUGUCGAAAGACUUUUAACAAAACCAAAUGCAAGAGGAGUCGUCAUGUUCGUGGAUGAAGACAACACGAGAAAAUUGUUACAAUCAACGAUAAGAGCAAAUAAAACAGGACAUUUUAUGUGGAUAGGAAGUGAUUCAUGGGGAGCCAAAAAUUAUCCAGUUAGAGAUCAAGAAUCUGCUGCCGAGGGUGCAAUAACAAUAUUACCUAGGAGAACGGCUUUAGUUGAAUUCGAUAAAUAUUUUACAUCUUUGAGACCGAAAAUGAACGAGAAUUCGUGUAACGAAUCAUCGGGUAAAAAUAUAAAAACCUCUGGAAAAGAUACGUUGAUUAAUUGCAGAAACGUAUGGUUUAGAGAAUUUUGGAGCCAGCAUCAUAAAUGUUAUUUUGAUACUGGAAACGUUAUGGAUUUACCACCGGAAAUUGAUAAGAUGUGUACUGGAGAAGAAAAAUUACAAAAUUACGAAGAGGAAGGUUUAGUGCCAUUUGUCGUGGAUGCCGUUUACGCCAUGGCUUAUGCUGCACAUAAUAUAUUAAAAGACGAAUGCGGUGAUCCAGGAAUUUUAUGCGAAACAAUGAAACCAACGCCACCGGGUUCGAAACUUCUUAAAUAUAUAAGAAACGUAUCGUUUGUUGGAUUGCAAGGUACGGAUGUUAGAUUCAACGAAGAUGGCGACGCUUACGGAAGUUAUAGUAUAUUUCAAUAUCAAAAAGGAGAAGAAGAUAAAUAUGAUUAUGUUUUAGUCGGUUCGUGGAAAGAAAAAUUGGAAUUUGAAAUAUCAAAAACAAGGUGGAGAAGUGAAAAUUCAACGGUACCGCCAAAAUCAAUUUGUAGCGAACCUGUCCCUUGGGACACAUACGAAAUUUCAGGAUCAGUGCUGCUGGAGUUGCGUUUCUUGCAGAGACGAUGCCUACGUUUUUAA